AUGGCUUCUCUUCGGCUAACAACAGCCGUCCAGCUGCUCCUACUCGUCGCCAUUUUCGCCUCGUUACCCGCGGAGCCCCGUGCCGAGACUCCCCGCCGCGAGCUUAAAAUUCUGAAAGACCUCGUCGGUCAGUACGCGCUCACUACAACCGGCACAAAUGUGACCAGUCUUGUUCUGUCGUUGAACGUCUCAAACCCGUUGCGCUCCAAGAAACCUUCGGACUACGUACUCAGCUUUCAGGCGACCCUCGAGAUGGCUGACAACGCCCUGACAGUCACAGAUCCGCCGAAAUUCUUCAUGGUUUUUUCCAACGGUCACCUUUACUACCUCAACAGCGGAACCAACUGGACGCUCAAGCAGGAAUAUGUCCCAACCUGCACUCCAAACCCGGACUACGUUGCACCGCCUUCGUCCGGAGCUCCCGAAGCUACCGAUGGAUCUGGCGAGACUGGGACCGAAGACACAACCGAUGUUCCAGCUGAGAUUUGCGUCGACACUCUCGUGAAAACAACGCACAUUCUUGAGCCGUCGAUUUUCACGGGCCGUCGGAGCUACUUCAGCAAGAAAGACUACAUGUGGACGGAUUGGAACAUGCUGGGCUGCCCGGAUAUGUACUUUCGGUUUGGGAUUCCAGUGCGAGGGCGCGUUUCGGGACUGCUUGCGAAGAUCGCCUAG